AUGGCCGAAGCAAGUCUUUUCAUGAUCAAGCACGAAUCUGACGAUCGCAGCAAUCCUUUCUUUAUGUCUCACUCCGGUUACAUGGGUAACCCAUUUGGGAAUCCCAACGAUGGGAUUGACCCAUCGGACUUGUCAAUGCAGCAGAGUGGCUUCAUGCCCUUCUCAUUUGGCUCGCAACAGAACAUGUCUUCUAGUUUCAACUUUGGCAAUUCCGGAAUCGAUACCGAUGAGCUAUUGGACCUUGAGAUCAACGGACACAAUAACUCCUCCCGUGGUGAUAACAUGAACUACAUGCAGGACCAGUCCACCGGAGGUAUCGCUAUGAGCCACCAGAGCCAAAUGUCAAAUCUCUAUUCCAACACUCCUGACGGCGCCCCGAUGGCUAGCCCUUUUGUCCAGAACAGCUUCAACUACGAGCAGUUCCGAAUGAACCAACAAGCCCCGCACAUGAAUGCCAACUCCUUUGACCAGAGCUACAUGAACAAGGCCCGCCCUGGCCUUCAGGCAAUGGAUCGCACCUCCUCGGAUACACGUAGCCCACGGACCCCCAAGACCCCCGCUUUGGCGAACUUGAACUUGGGCACCCCAGACUCGGGAAGUUUCCCCGGCCAACCCAUUCGCACAGGCGGUCUGUCACACCGCCACCAGAAGAGUCUGUCAAAUCAAUGGGAUGGAACUCCAGGCAGCGCACAGUCCUAUGCCGAAUCUCCACUUUCUUCCCCAGGCCACCCUCAUCAUGCUGGAAUUUCGGAGAUUAUUGCAUCUGGGAAGCACGCAUCCUUGCCGGCCAAGGUGGAUCUUCAUAUGCCGAGCAAUCCCCAGGACCUCGAAUCCCAGGAGGCUAAACGUCGUCGCCGUCGUGCCUCUCAUAACCUAGUGGAGCGUCGACGUCGUGACAAUAUCAAUGAGCGCAUCCAAGAUCUCUCCCACCUGGUACCGCAACACCGUCUCGAGGAUGACAAGGUUCGAAAGCAAAUCGUGAACAACAAUGCUCUCUCAAUAGCUGGUGCCAAUGGGAAUGCCGCCACUUCUCUCCUUGCUGGAGGCAAUGGUCGCCGAGCCACUCCUGGCAAUAUCACCAUGGGUCUUCCCAUUGAAGAGAAGGAGAAGGGCCCCAACAAGGGUGACAUUCUCAAUGGAGCCGUGAGCUGGAUGCGUGACCUGAUGUGGGCUCUGCACGUCAAGUACCAGCAAGAGGCUGAGCUCGCCGAAAUGAUCAGCAACCUCGGUGGCAAUUGGCCCUUUGAGCCUACCGAGGAGGAGAAACGUAUGCGUAGCGAGAUCCUAGAGGCUCUAGAGCGCAACGACCCUAGCUCGUUUGCAUACACUCGUGGCCCUGGUAGCGGUCUCCGCGUGCCAAGACACACCAACCUCGCCGGUGACCCGGUCUCAGGCGGCAGUGACGGACUCACCCCACCCAACCUGAGCCCUUCUUUCCACAGUGGCGCCAGCAGUAUCAAUGGCCAACCUCAAUUCUGGAACAGCGCCGGCCAUGCCGCGAUGAGCUUUAAGGAAGAGGAUGAGUAUGGCAUGGAGAUGUGA